AUGGCAAUGAACAGGAUGAAGAACGCGUUCGCGCCACCUAAGAAGGGCGAGACGUUCGAGUUGCGGGCUGGGCUGGUGUCACAGUAUGCUUGGGAACGGAAAGAGUCGAUACAGAAGACCAUCAUGGCCAUGACCCUGGGCAAGGAUGUGUCCGCUCUGUUUCCGGAUGUCCUCAAGAAUAUAGCGACUGGCGACCUGGACCAGAAGAAGCUGGUCUAUUUGUAUCUAAUGAAUUAUGCCAAAUCACAUCCCGACCUGUGCAUUUUAGCCGUCAACACCUUUGUACAAGAUUCCGAAGACCCAAAUCCACUUAUACGGGCACUCGCAAUCCGAACGAUGGGCUGCAUCCGCGUGGACAAGAUGAUUGAUUAUAUGGAGGAGCCAUUGCGGAAAACAUUACGAGACGAGUCGCCCUACGUGCGCAAGACCGCCGCGAUAUGUGUCGCAAAGCUAUUCGAUCUGGCACCCGCGAUGUGCCUGGAGAAUGGCUUUCUCGAGACUCUGCAAGAGUUGAUAGGCGACCCGAACCCGAUGGUGGUUGCCAAUGCAGUCACAGCCCUGGCGGAGAUUGGGGAGGCAGCACCAGAGACAAACGCGCUACAAAUCACACCAACCACACUCAAAAAGCUGCUCAUGGCGCUCAAUGAAUGCACGGAAUGGGGCAGAGUCACUAUCUUGUCCAAUCUCGCCAGCUACAAAGCUCACGACGUCAAGGAAUCAGAACAUAUCUGUGAGAGAGUAGCGCCACAGUUCCAACACGUCAACUCCUCCGUCGUCCUUGCCGCGGUCAAGGCCGUCCUUCUACACAUGCGCUACGUCAGUCCCGAACAAGCACGAACAUAUCUUAAGAAGAUGGCCCCUCCUCUCGUCACCCUCAUCUCAUCCGCACCAGAGGUUCAGUACGUCGCUCUACGCAACAUCGACCUCAUCCUCCAGAAACAGCCCGACAUUCUCAACAAAGAGCUACGUGUCUUCUUCUGCAAAUACAACGACCCACCCUACGUCAAAUUCCAGAAGCUCGAGAUCAUGGUCCGAAUAGCACACGAAUCCAACGUCGAUCAACUCCUCAUGGAACUGAAAGAAUACGCAAUAGAAAUGGACAUGGACUUUGUCCGCCGCUCCGUCAAAGCCAUCGGCCAAGUCGCCAUCAAAAUCGAAUCCGCCGCCGAGCGCUGCGUCAACGCCCUCCUCGACCUCAUCAACACCCGCGUCAACUACGUCGUCCAAGAAGUCAUCAUCGUCAUCAAAGACAUCUUCCGCAAAUACCCCGGCUACGAGAACAUCAUCCCCACACUCUGCAAAUGCAUCGACGAGCUCGACGAACCCAACGCGCGAGCUUCCCUCAUCUGGAUCGUUGGCGAAUACGCCGAGAAGAUCUCCAACGCAGGCGACAUCCUUGCCGGCUUCGUCGACGGAUUUGGUGAAGAAUUCUCCCAGACCCAACUCCAAAUCCUCACCGCUGUCGUCAAACUCUUCCUGAAACGGCCGCAAGCAGCCCAAGGCCUCGUCCAGAAGGUCCUUACAACAGCCACCUCCGAAUGCGACAACCCGGAUAUCCGCGAUCGCGCAUUCGUCUACUGGCGACUACUCUCCAAUACCACUGAUCAGAACGCGCCCAAAAAUAUCGUCCUUUCCGAAAAGCCACCAAUCACAACCACAAUCCAGUCCCUCCCCGCGCCUCUCCUAGAAAAGCUCCUUACAGAACUCUCCACGCUAGCGUCAGUCUACCACAAACCACCCGAGCAGUUCGUCGGACAAGGCCGGACGGGCGCCGACGCAAUACAACAAGCCGCCACUGAAGAAGCGCAGCAAAAUGCACGCGAGAAUCCCCUCGCAGCCGCGGCCGCGGCUGCUGCUGUAUCAGGGAAGACGCCCGCCGGCGCGGCAGCGGGCCAGAACAAUGCAGAGAAUCUACUGGAUAUCGACUUCGACGGUUCUGCACCUGCCAGCACCGCUCCGGCGUCGAAUGGGAUGACUGGGCUGGAAGGGAUGGGCGGAACACCAGUGGGUAGCGGCACUCCAGCACGGGUGCAGAGUCCCGUUUCGGGUGGGGGAGGAUUACAAGCGAUGAGUCCGUUGAGUGCUACGGGCCAGACUGGGGGAGGUAUGGAUGAUUUGCUGGGCGUGUUUGGGAGCAGCAAUAGCAAUGGUAAUGCCGCAUCAAGCAAUGGCGGAGGUGGGUUCGGUGGGGGGAUGAGCGACGACGAUAUCCUGAACGGUGGGUUCGGGGGGUUGAGUAUGGGCGGUGGUGGAGCGACGGCUCCUCCGCCUCCCCAGCAGCAGUUGCAGGCUGGGGGAAAGAAGACGAAUGAGGACUUGUUGAGUCUGUUUUGA